UGGGUCUGAAGCUGUUGUCAAUCAGAACAGUGAGCGCGAGCAUCACUCCGUCCCCGAGAGGAAACCACCAGCAGCUUUUAUUGCUUUUCUUCCCAUUUUUGCUUCAGCUCCAAAGCCGCAGCUCCGUCAGUGACGGCGCAAGGACAGCUGCUCCAACCAGAGACCCCCAGCAGGCGUCGGGUGCAGAUGAGGCUUCCAGUGCGGCCGGACGACAUGGGACGGCCCCCCCGCGCGCUUCUCCUGCUCCUUCUUCUGUGCUCCUUUGCUCGGACAAAUGCAUGGACAGCAUGUGGAGCCAGGCAGUUCCAGUGUGGGAACAGCAAAUGCAUCACGGCCAGAUGGGUGUGCGACGGCGCGGACGACUGCGGCGACGGCACGGAUGAGCUUCCCGGUACCUGCAUGGCCAAAACGUGUCGGCCGACAGAGUUCCGCUGUGCGGAUCCCCUCAACCAGUGCGUACCGAGCACCUGGCGCUGUGAUGGAAAGGCCGACUGUGCGAAUGGAGCUGAUGAAGAGAGCUGUGCGCCAAAGCCGUGCGCGGACGGCGAGUUCCGCUGCACGAACGGUCAGUGCGUGUCGUCCUCCUUCGUGUGCGACGACGAGGCCGACUGCGACGACGGCAGCGACGAGGCCUCCUGCCGCCCGGUUACCUGCAGCGCCACGUCCUUCCAGUGCAGCAACGGCGUCUGCGUGCCCCGCCUGUGGGCCUGCGACGGCGACACCGACUGCGCCGACGGCUCCGACGAGUGGCCCCAAAACUGCGGCACGGUGGCGCCCAAGUCGGCUCCCGCUGACCAGUGCUCGUCGCUGGAGUUCCGCUGCGCCAGCGGGGAGUGCAUCCACAGCAGCUGGAGGUGCGACGGCGGAGGCGACUGCCGCGACCAGUCGGACGAAGUCAACUGCGCCAUUUCCACCUGCCGACCCGAUGAGUUUCAAUGCGGCGACGGCACCUGCAUCCACGGCAGCCGCCAGUGCGACCGCCAGUACGACUGCCGGGACAUGAGCGACGAAACGGGCUGCGUCAAUGCCACCCUCUGUGAUGGUCCGAGCAGAUUCAAGUGCCGCAGUGGGGAAUGCAUAAGCAUGGAGAAGGUGUGUGACCAUCGGCGUGAUUGCAGGGAUUGGUCAGAUGAGCCACUCAGGGAUUGUGGCUCCAACGAGUGCUCGUACAACAAUGGCGGCUGCUCUCAUAUUUGCAACGAUCUGAAGAUCGGCUACGAGUGCCUGUGUCGCACUGGGUUUCACCUGGUUGAGAAAAAGCGCUGUGAAGAUAUUGACGAGUGCGCCAACCUGGACACCUGCAGCCAGAUCUGCAUCAACCAGAUCGGCAGUUACAAAUGCGAAUGCGAGGAAGGUUACCAGGUCGACCCCGCAACCAAAGCCUGCAAAGCCAUCGGUUCGAUAGCCUACCUUUUCUUCACAAACCGCCAUGAAGUCAGAAAGAUGACUUUGGACAGAAGUGAAUACACCAGAAUAAUUCCUCGUUUAAAGAACGUUGUGGCUAUCGACAUGAACAUGGCCGGCAACGAGAUCUACUGGUCAGACAUCUCCCAGAAGAAGAUCUACAGAGCUCCAGUGGACUCGGCCGACGACCCCGCUCACCACAGCGUGGUGAUCGGGAGCAACGUUGAAGCUCCGGAGGGCAUCGCUUUCGACUGGAUCCACGGUAACCUGUACUGGACCGACAGCAUUCGCAGGACCGUCUCCAUGGUAACUGCUGAUGGCAGCCGGCGCAAGACUCUCUUCAACCAAGACUUAUCCAAACCUCGCGCUAUUGUGGUCGACCCCCACAGCAACUUCAUUUAUUGGACCGACUGGGGGAACGCCGCUAAGAUUGAGAAGGCAGGUCUUAACGGAGGAGACCGAACUGCUCUGGUCACUGACAACAUUGAGUGGCCUAAUGGAAUUACACUUGAUCUGUUGAACCAGCAGCUCUACUGGGUGGACUCUAAGCUGCACACCCUCUCCAGCAUCAGCGCGCAGGGCGGCGGUCGACGCACCCUCAUCAUUGACGAACACAAGCUGGGUCAUCCGCUGAGCCUCACUGUGUUUGAGGAGAGUGUGUUCUGGACAGACAUCAGUAACAACGCCAUCUUCAGCGCAAACAGGGUGACUGGUGAGGACAUCACACCAGUGGCGGAGCACCUAUCAUCACCGGAUGAUAUUAUUCUUUACCAUAACCUCAAACAACCCACUGGGAGGGAUUGGUGCGAGAAUUCCAGAUGUGAAUUCCUGUGCCUGGCAGCUCCCCAAGUGGGCGGACAUGCCCCCAAGUACACCUGCGUCUGUCCAGAUAACAUGAUGUUAGCGGCGGAUAUGAGGACAUGUGGACCUGUUGUGCCAACACCUGCAGCUCCCGUUGAGCCUCAGUUGCCAGAUGUCGACUCUCCUUCUCAGCCAACAGAGUCCUUCAGCACCACAUCCAAGCCCCGUGUCCCCACCACGCUGAGGCCCACGCUCCGCAGCACCGCAGCGCCCGUAGUUAUCACCAGCACCGCCGCCAGGCCCGUGCCGCGCAGCACCAAGCCUCCUGCAGGGACCGCCACACCGGAACCAAGGACCACGGACCCUGAGCUCCCAAAGACCACAACGGGGGCUCCGGUCACCUCUCCAGAUUUCAAACAUCGAUUUGUGGCAGUACCCAGCACCGCCUCCCCUGCCCCGAUUGCUCUGUAUAUUGCAUUACCUCUGGCACUCGUUUGCCUGGUGGCUGUCGGGGGGUCGCUGCUGUGGAGGAACUACAGGCUGAAGAACACAAACACCAUUCAUUUUGACAACCCUGUCUAUCAGAAAACCACCGAGGACCAAGUGCACAUUUGGAGCCACAGCCCUGACGGUUACUCCUACCCUAAAAGACAAGUUGUGAGCUUGGAGGAAGAGGCAGACAAUCCGGCCUUCGCAGAGAACUGAAAACUGUCGGAGUGGAACGGAGAGCCUCAAUGAUGAUUGGAUGCCCUUCCUGUAGUUUUUAUACAGCAUAAAGACAUGGAAGUCAGAGCCAUGAUCAAAACCACUAUAUCCUCAAAGAUGGAAAGCGCUCUAGUGGAAAUAAACCAGGGUGAAACAUUAUUCUUAGGUUGCACAUUAAAUUCCCAUUAGGUUGACCUUUUUAACCAAAUCAUACUAAUCAGCAGAAGUUGGAUUCUACAAUGAAACAGGUUUUUGUACCUGUUAUCCCAAUUGUGACUGUGAUGAUACACCCAGCUACACUGGGUGACUAAUAAUGUCUGAAACGUUACGUUUAACUGAGCUCUUUUGAUGCAACGCGCCAAUGUUUGUGAUGUGUCCAAGGUACACACACAUGUCCGAUCAAUCGUUUUCUUUUCUAUUUUUUGUAGAACAUUAUCAAAAUGUAUUUGCUUUUUUUCAGCCACUCUCAUGUCGGAAUGGUAAAUAGAGGCCCAGGGUUUGCUUGGAUUAUCUAGUAGGCCGAAAGCAGGGGAAACAGCCAUGUGAGAAUUGUAGUUUUUACACCAUAACAACAGUGGAGGUUUAUUUUGGAGAUUGUAACAUGUUCACUAUUUGUUCAUGUUCAAUCUUCUUUUCCAACUCUACAAGAACGCAAAUAACUACUAUUUUCCACAUAUCUUUACAGCUGGUGCUGCUCAUACUUUUUGUUUUAUGCACAAUACAACAAGCUGUAGUUAGUGAGCUUGCAGAAGUGCAGAUGGGGGACUUUGGUCAGCUGUUUGCCUCUUUUUCCAGUAUUUGUGCUAAGCUAAACCAAGCUAAUCUAAGGCAAGAGUGUGGAUUCAGUCUGUUCAUUGAACUGUCUGCCGAGAAGUCAAAUAUAGAUCCCUGAAUAUCUCAGAAAGUGAAUUUCUGCUAGUACUAAUGACAAAUGUGUGUUCCAGUUUAACCAGUGUGACCUCAGUCAUUGGACUUUAACACCAGUCUUUGCCUCAGUAGUGGAGCGACAAUAUCUCCCAAAGUGACUUAAAGACAAUGCCUCUGUGUAAACCACGAAGAAUGCACUGUGUGUCAGUGCCUUGAUUUGUUGUGCGCUGUGCGAUCGCCUCCACAGUUCACAUUCCACCACGUGGUCACAACGCAACCUUCCCCAGCAGCUGUCUUCUGUUUUCGGAGUUCCUCAAAAACACGUUUUUCCAGCUCCAUUCCCUUGAUUUGUGAUCGUCUGUGUGAGCACUGGGGCCAGCUUAUAACCCCCCCCCCCCCAUGCCUUUCUGGGGGCGGGAAUGCAGUGGAUCCAUAAAGUGUUUACAUAAUGCUCGUGUACAUGAACGUCUUCCUUCAGGACCACAGACUUAAACUUGCCUCCAGCCUUCCUGACCGGAGGAAGCCAUGUGCCCCUUUAUUUUAGCGCUUUCUGAUGACAAAUGUUGUUCACAUGUUUAUGUCGGUGCUACUGAACUCAGUGGAUGUGUCUAAGGGUAUCAACAGUUUACACUACAUUAUUCAAGAGAAUGUUAUGUUCAGGUGAGGGUUCACCCAGCCAAGACUUUAUUGCGAUGUGGAUUAGUGACUUUAAGUUAGAAAACCUUUACAAGCAAAGCUGUAUAUUUUGUCAUUUUGCAAUCAGGACUCACAGUGGAGAUUAAGUGUGUAAAUAUAGUGUUCAUAAAUGUAAAUAUUUGCUCCUAACUGGGUUUUUUUUAGUAAUGUUUAAAACUCUGUACAUAAAUAAAUGGUUUUAUUUAUUUUAGAGUCA